AUGUGGGCCAACAACCAUAACUGCAGUGACACCAAUUAUUUCAUCCUCAACGGCAUCCCAAGUCUAGAGGACUUCAACUUCUGGAUGGGUUUUCCUCUCAUCUCAAUGUACGUCAUUGCUGUUAUAGGAAACACCUCAAUUCUCUACAUCAUCAGGGUGGACCAGGAACUUCAUGAACCUAUGUACAUCUUUCUGUCCAUGCUGUCGAUGAUAGACUUGCUGUUAGCCACCACAACCAUGCCAAAAAUGCUGGAGAUCUUCCUUAUGGAUGACAAGGAAAUUACUUUCGAUCUUUGUCUUACCCAAAUGUUCUUCAUCCAUUUUCUCUCCGCUCUGGAGUCUGGCAUCUUGGUGGCCAUGGCUGUCGAUCGCUAUGUGGCUAUCUGCCACCCUCUACGAUACUCGUCUAUUCUAACCAGUACGAAAAUUUGUAAGAUUUUUGCCAUGAUCUUGGUGAGAGGAGCUCUUGUUAUGAUUCCCAUCCCUCUAAUUAUCAAGAGGCUUCCUCUGUGGAAGAACAAUCACCUGACCCAUUCCUACUGCCUGCACCCAGAGUUGAUGAAUCUAGCUUGUGGAGACAUCAAAGUCAAUAUUAUCUAUGGACUAUUUGUCAUCCUUUCAGUCAUGGGCAUCGACUCGCUCUUCAUCUUCUUUUCUUACAUGUUGAUCAUUAAGACGGUGCUUGGUCUGGGAGAAGAUGCCAGCAUGAAGGCCUUCAGCACGUGUGCCUCCCACAUAUGUGCCGUCCUCGUCUACUACAUCCCCCUGAUUGGUCUAUCUGUCGUACACAGGUUCAAAAGCAACACAAUGCCAAACCUUCCUAUUCUAUUCGGGAAUGUCUAUCUCCUGCUCCCCCCUGUGAUUAACCCCUUAAUUUAUGGGAUAAAAACCAAGCAGAUCCGACAAAGACUCAAAAAGUUAUAUGGCAAAAUUAUCCAUCAGAGAAAAAACUUCAGAAACAUCUGAUCAGAGCAGAAUGUGAAGGAUACAAUCAUGGACCCUAUAAAAGAUGCACAGAUGUUGAGGA